GAAAUUUAAUGAUACCGCUGCCAUCACCACACUCGGGACAGUUAUUUUUGGUAAAGCGACCAGGGAUAUAACGGCUACCAUUAAUGGCACAAUUGUGACAAUAAUCAUAAUCUUUACUCUGAGAACAGGUGAAUUUAUCACCGCAGCCAAAGCAUUCUUUUUUGAUUUGGUAAUCCGAGCAACCGGAAAGUUCAAACCUUAUAGCACUGCUUAUUUGUUUAUUACCAGUCAGGGCAAUCCAGUUAAUAAAGAUACUGUCGGCUUAAUGCUGAGAAAAAGAACCCAACAGGCUGGUAUUACCAAACGGAUAACCCCUCACACAUUUAGACGAAGUUUUGCCACUAUUCUCAAUAAUAAUGGUGCUCGACUAACUACUAUUCAAAAACUACUCGGACAUUCCCACAUUACUACUACAGCUCAAUAUAUUCAUAAUGACUAUGACACUUUAUAUGCUGAUUACAGCAAAUUAUGA